AUGCCGCUCCUGACGCCGCGACUGCUGUCCCAGCGAGCUCGCGGCAGCCUCAGCCUAUUGCCCAUCGGUUGGAGUAGCCGCUUCCACCCGCAGAUCAGUAUCGGCGGAGUUGCGUCUCGCUCCGUGGGCUCCUCUACCUCAUCGUCUUCCUCCUCGUCGCCCGAGCCCGAGCCUCCGCGCGUGGCGUUCCUGGACCGCGUGGUGAACAAGCUCAACGACUCCAUCAAGAAGCACCCGGGCGAGACCCUCGCGGUGCUUUUCGCCUCCGACAUCGGCAGCAUCGGCGCCAUGUACGGCGUGCUGUCGGUGGCGGGCAUCGAGUUCUCGCCCGAGUUCGCCUUGGCCUUCGCUGCCAGUCGCCCGUUCCGCCGCUUCCGGCUGCCGCUGGACUUGGCCGUGGCGGCGGGCGUCGCCAGGGUCUUCCCGGUGUUCUCCAAAGUGCGGCUCUCAGACCUGACGGGGGCCCUGCCAGAUCGAGCGAGCGCGUCGGCUUCGUCCACGAUCGCGAGCUCAGGCAUCGUGGCCAAGACCAUGAACAAGGCCAAAGAGGUGAUCGACAACUACGGCGCGGCCUACAUGAUGGGCUCCCGCCUUGCGGGUGUGGGCGUGGUCUGUGCGCUGUACGCCCUGAUCAAGCAGGGGGUCGACGUCAUGCCGAUCCUCGCCGCGCUGGGCGUCGACGAAGUGGGCCAGGCUCUUGGCUCCUACGCGGCGGCCGUGGUCUUCAGCUCGGCCUUCUACCCCGUGACGCUCGGUGUCUCGGGCUAUGUCGUACCUGUCGUUGCCAAGCUACGCAGGACUGCCAUGCCCUAG